CUGCCCGCCCCUGCGGAGCCGCCGCCGAGGGACGCACACCGACCCCGCCGCCAGCCAGAGCCACCGCCGGGGAGCGACCUGUCAGGGCACCUCGCAGGCCGGCCUUAAGAACCCUUCCCACGCGUUGGUUUGUCCUCGGGAGAAGGAGAGUUGGGAGCCCUCUCCAUGCCUUAUCAAGUUCCUUAUCUCAGCGGCUCCCAGAAGCUGUAGACCAGUUCAGCUUUAUUUGGUGUAGGGGAGAAAAACAGUGUGUCUCUCGUACUCCAUCCCUAAAUCGAGGACCACCACUUAUUCUGCUGGGGUUUAACACACGAAGAUGGUGAAAUGCGGAUUGCUGGGUGAACCAGUAGGUCCCUGUUGUGGAGCGAGGGCUUUGUAUUCACCUUCCAGUUCCUGAUCUGUGCCGUGUGUGAGGACGCUAAUCUUUCUCCUUCAUCCCCCUUCCCUAAACCUUUCCUUGUUUCCAUGUUGCAUUGGUCAGACUUUUGGUCAGUGUUGUUUACGGAAGGGGGGGGAAAAGAAGGCAGUUGAGGUUACAAACAAAAGUACUUGUAUGACUCAUCUACUUGGAUUUAAGACAUUGUAUCCUUCUUUCCUGGGGCCUUUACUUCUCUCUGAAGGAAUCAGAUGCUUAUUCCUAUUCUUCCAGAGAAGGAUGGAUUGAAAGUUGUACGUUUUAGACUUUUUUUGGGCCACUGCUGAUAUUAUUAAAAGACAUAAUGGGAUUUUUUCACUGGGUUAUUGCCAGAAUUAGUUUACACACUGAAACAAUGAGUUGUUAGGCCUCUAAUACGGUAAUAUUUGUCCUGCUUUAAUAUAAAGUUGCUGUGGAGGUGUUUUAAAAAAUUGUGGAGGACAGUCUGCAUCAGAAGAGGCUCUCAUCAUCUCUGGUUGGUGUGGCAACCACAAUCUGUCCUCGAUGCCUUCAGCCUUGGCCAUCUUCACUUGCCGCCCGAACUCCCACCCGUUUCAGGAGCGUCAUGUCUACCUGGACGAGCCUGUCAAGAUCGGCCGCUCCGUGGCUCGCUGCCGGCCAGCCCAGAACAAUGCCACGUUUGACUGCAAGGUGCUGUCCAGGAACCAUGCUCUUGUCUGGUUUGAUCACAAGACAGGCAAGUUCUAUCUUCAAGACACUAAAAGUAGUAAUGGUACCUUUAUUAAUAGUCAGAGACUGAGUAGAGGAUCUGAGGAAAGCCCACCAUGUGAAAUUAUGUCAGGUGACAUCAUCCAGUUUGGUGUAGAUGUGACGGAGAACACGCGGAAAGGUAAGGUUACCCAUGGAUGUAUAGUCUCCACAAUCAAACUGUUCCUUCCAGAUGGAAUGGAAGCUCGAUUGCGAUCAGAUGUUAUCCAUGCUCCAUUACCAAGUCCUGUUGACAAGGUUGCUGCUAACACUCCCAGUAUGUAUUCUCAGGAAUUGUUUCAACUUUCACAGUAUUUACAAGAAGCCUUACAUCGGGAACAAAUGUUGGAACAGAAGCUGGCAACCCUUCAGCGACUACUUGCUGUUACACAAGAGGCUUCAGAUACUAGUUGGCAGGCUUUAAUAGAUGAAGACAGGCUGCUAUCAAGACUAGAGGUUAUGGGAAAUCAGUUACAGGCUUGUUCAAAGAAUCAAACAGAAGACAGUAUACGAAAAGAGCUUAUAGCAUUACAGGAAGACAAACACAACUAUGAGACAACUGCCAAAGAGUCCCUGAGGCGGGUCCUUCAGGAGAAAAUUGAAGUGGUCAGAAAAUUGUCUGAAGUGGAGCGGAGUUUAAGUAAUACAGAAGAUGAAUGUACACACCUGAAAGAAAUGAAUGAGCGGACUCAGGAAGAAUUAAGGGAAUUAGCUAAUAAAUACAAUGGAGCUGUAAAUGAGAUUAAAGAUCUUUCCGACAAGCUAAAGUUAGCAGAAGGAAGACAAGAAGAAAUCCAACAAAAAGGACUGGCUGAGAAAAAGGAGUUGCAGCAUAAAAUAGAUGAAAUGGAAGAAAGAGAGCAAGAGCUUCAAGCAAAAAUAGAAGCUUUGCAGGCUGAUAAUGACUUCACCAACGAGCGGCUGACUGCUUUACAAGUACGGUUAGAACACCUUCAAGAGAAAACUCUUAAAGAACACAACAGCUUAGGCAUACAAGUUGACGACUUCAUACCUAAAAUUAAUGGGAGCACAGAGAAAGAGCACUUUCUUUCAAAGAGUGGAGGGGACUGCACUUUUAUUCAUCAGUUCAUAGAAUGUCAGAACAAGAUCAUAGAUGAAGGACAUCUAACCAAAGUGGAAGAAACAAAGCUUUUGAAAGAAAACCAAGCACGAGUCAAAGAAUCAAACGAUUUGUCCGACACCCUUAGCCCAAGCAAAGAAAAAAGCAGCGACGACACUACAGAUGCUCAAAUGGAUGACCAAGAUCUAAAUGAACCUAUUGUCAAAGUAGCUCUUCUAAAAGAUGAAUUGCAGGGUGCACAAUCAGAGACUGAGGCUAAGCAAGAAAUUCAGCAACUGCACAAGGAGCUGAUUGAAGCCCAAGAGCUAGCUAGAACAAGUAAACAAAAAUGCUUUGAACUUCAAGCUCUCUUGGAAGAAGAGAGAAAAGCAUAUCGAGUGCAAGUUGAAGAAUCCAACAAGCAAAUAAAUGCUCUGCAAGCUCAGUUGCGAAGGUUACAAGAAGAAAUUGAGAAUCUUCGCAAGGAAAAGGAGAAUGAAAUUUCAACCACUCGAAAUGAGCUAGUCAGUGCUCAAAAUGAGAUUCUGUCACUUCAAAAAGUAGCAGAAAAAGCAGCAUCAGAAAGAGACACAGAUAUUUCUACAUUGCAAACGGAGCUGCAGACGGUGCGAACGGAGCUCGAGCGGUGGAGGAAAGAUGCCUCGGAUUAUGAAAAAGAAAUUGUCAAUCUGCAAGCCAGUUUUCAGCUCAGGUGCCAGCAGUGUGAGGAGCAGCAGAAGGAAGAGGCCACUCGCCUAAAAGGUGAACUUGAAAAGUUGAAGGCAGAGUGGAUUGCCCUGGAAGCUGAAUGUGUUAAACUAAGGAAGGAAAAUACUUCACUUACAUCUGAACUUCAGCGACAAGAGAAGGAGCUUUCUAGCUCUCAGAAACAGAGUUUAGCACUGACCAGCGAUAUAAGUGUUCUUGAAAUGUCUCGAAAGGAACUUGAAAAUCAGAUGGGAUCUUUGAGAGAAAAACAUCAACGGGAUGCAGCCAGUCUGAAAACUCAACUCAGUGAAGCUGAGAGUCAAGCAAAAGAUUUUCAGAAAGAGUAUGAAAGAACACAGACUGUGCUCUCGGAGCUGAAGGCAAAGUAUGAGGUGGCUGAGCAACAAAACCAGUCACUCACAGAAGAGCUCAAACAAUGUAAAGAAAACCUGAAGCUGCUACAAGAAAAAGGAAACAAUCCUUCCAUAUUACAACCCGUCCCAGCCGUAUUCAUCGGCCUAAUCCUGGCUUUCCUGUAUUGGUGUUACGGCCCAUUGUGGUAGCGAAAGAGACAAUGGCCUUGGAUGCCUGUGAUGGCAGCUUUGGUUGCUGUAACAGCCGUGGUGCUGUACCCAGGCCUAACCAGAGCUUCUCCAUGAGAACUGUUGUUGAAUCCAUACACCGUCCUCCCUUUAGAAGCUGGCAACAUUCAUAUACUGAGGGAAAACAGAUUAAUUCUCUUCCUUUUUACCUCUUAAUACAGCACAGCUCUGCGUGAGAACAGCAGUAGGGUCAUUUGCUUUAAACUGUAUAAAAUGUAUCUGUCUAUAAAGAGGGAAUAAAAUUGUGAUUCAUCAUACUGUGAGCAAUAUUUUUGCUUACAACUUCAUGCAAGUUUUAAAUUAGUAUGUUUGGAUUCUGAAUACUAUAAUGGUGGCCUAAAGCAGGCUUCUUGGUACCAAAUUGUGCUAAUGGCUAGGGUUGUGGACACUGACUUUAGAAUCUGAUUGCUAGACUUAAGAGGAAGAUACUGAUUUGGACAUCCAAGCCAAGUAACUUUGCAGAUACUUGGGAAACAGAUGCAGUGUGCUCAGUGCCUUUCAGUAUGAUCUAUUUUUUUUUAAACUAGCGUGUCAUUUUACUUGCUGUUAGUCACUGAGCUGUUGGGAACAAGACUUAAGAAAAUUUCUCUUACCACGCCUUUCGAAGGAAGCAUAUUUUUCUUUCAUAAGGAUUACUUUAUUAAUGGGUUUUGGGAAUAAACAUAAUUCAUGUCCAGCCUUAAAGAGAUAGAGAUACUGAUGGUGAAGACCAGCCUAAAGUAUUUAGUGUGAGCGUGUGCGAGUGUAAGCCUGUGUGUGUUCUUGAGUGAACUAAGGUGUUUCUGGGAGCAAGUACUUGGUCAUUUGAUGGACAUAGUGCAGUGAUUCAACUUACGUUAACUUUAGUUUGAAUGUAAUUUAUUAAAUUUCAUAUAUUUAAAGAGAUAUGUUCUUUAAAAGUAUGAAUACCUUCUCACAUAUCACAUGUAUCAGUUUAUUUUUUCAGUCAUUUGAUACUUUCUGACUUGAGCUGGAGAAGCUCUUUAGAAUAAGCUUUUGUGGACGUAACUUUAUUAAGAGAACUGUUACAGUACGUCUGUGAUCAGCUGAGAAAGUCUAGAUACAUAAAAUACUACAAAAUUAGAAUCAUAUACCUGAUGAAGUAUUGUCAGGUGAAGAUGAUUUUAAUUUGGUAGUAAAAUUUUGUGGCUCCUUAUCACAUGGCUGUAAGUAUGAUGCAGUGGUCCCCAUUACAAAGUUUAUUUUCCUUAUCUAAGUACUAUAACUAUUGCUAUUUGCUGACUUUUGGUGGGAAUCACUGUAGUUAGUGCUGAAUUAAAUGUAGACCGUAGUUGUCUUGUUCAGCUCAACAGUUCUGUCAAAAAAGUUUGUUAAAGACUUAAAAAAUUUUUUUAAGAAUGGUAAAGUAAAAUGACUCUGCUAAAGGAAACUUCAAAAUAGGGAGGUAAUCUCAGCAAUUCAAUUGGCUUUAAAGAAUGUUAUGGCAAUCGACAGAUAGUUUAAAUAUUUAAAUAGAAAUUUAGUAUAUAAUUUACUUUGUGAGGUUUUAAGGGUCAUUGUCCUUUAAUUAAAGGUUCUAUCUUAAGUUACAUGGGAUUUGCUAAUGGGAGGAUUAUUAGUUGGAGAAAAUAGUCCACAAGUGACUUGUAGGAAAUAACUAUUGUCAUUUAGUUCAUUCAUUUCAUCCUUUUCAUCCUUUUCAGUUGCAGGAAGCCACCCAACCACAGAACACUCGUAUGCCAGUGGUACUUAGUACCUCUUGUAUAUAGGUUAUUGCAAAUAUUGUUCUGAAAUGCUUAACUUCAGAAUUACAUUUUUUUAAGUAAUUAAUUGUUUUAAAUCUAUUUUGUAAAGAUAUAAAAAUACAAUAGAAUUUCUGGAGUACAGAUUAAACUAUUUGCACUAACACACGUGAUGUGCAUGAUUUAAUAAAAUAAUACUCUCCCUA